CGAAACAUCCGGCGACGCCGGAAUUCUUCGAAAUCUCAGUUUUAACGGUCAACGCAUGCUACAAACUAUGACAGAAGCAUCGUUUGAUUGAAUGGAAAACGCGACGCCAAACGUCAACUCACUGUUUGGAAGCUGAUGUGAGGGUUUGUCUUUUGGUUUGCGCUUUUCCAACAAAGUGUUUUUUUCUUGAAAAAUAAAAUGGUUUUCAAUAGAUCAAGUGGAAGCGUUGCGAGGAUUCCGAAAACACCUGAGAACCGGAGAAAAAUCUCAACUGCCAGGAUCUUCUGGAGAAAUCUGCACGCGAGGAGGGCGAGAAGCGGGUCAGCCACGACAAGCGAACAUGGAUCGGGUCGUAGAAGAUGGGGGGCCCUCCGGUGAUUCAGGCCAAACGAACGAAGGCCAAAAACGGAUUCAAAAAGGUUACGUGGCGGAGAAGUUGGAAGUAGUGACCGAAGAGGAAGGCGAACGGACGUUCCUGGUUCGUUGGAAGGGAGUCGACGAGGUGGAACUGGUCCAGUCCAGGAUGGUCCGCCUGCACGUUACGGCGCUGGUGAUUUAUUUCUAUGAGAGCCGUAUCAUCAACGCGGCCAAGAUAAGCGUGCAGUAGAAGUUUAAGUGAUACAAUGUUGAUGAUAUUCAUGAAACUAGCAAAAUAACUUUUAUUGGUCUUAAAAAUUAAAAAAUAUAAAAAAAACUAUACUUUCUUAGUAUGUUUCUUACAAGUAGAAAUAUUAUCAACGUAAACCAAUGCUAACCGCUUCAUAAGGACAAUAAUUUCAUGUCCUGUCCAUCCCGAUGGCUCUUCCGGUGAACAUCUCGCCGACGAUGCCGCUGGACCUGCCAGACGAACCCCAAGCCGGCUAUUCCGCUGGCACUGUGCAUCGAGCAACCGCUUCCCUCCACGAAGUCCAACCGUAACUACCUAUGUCCUGCCAUCCCGAUGACUACUCCGGUGAACCCCUCGCCGUCGAUUCCGCUGGCCAUGUGGGACGAUUAACUGUUUCCGUGCACGAUGUCCUACCACAUAAAAGGGUUUUUUUUAUUCAGUUAUGUUUCUUGCAUACUUUAAUUCGAAAAAUUCUCUAUAGAAAUAAGCAUGAAAACAAUUAUGAAUAAAUUGUUAUUUAAUACAAAAAGUAAACACCACAAUG